AUGAUACGAGCCGUUUCCAGCGAAGUGGUUUGUUUGUUUGGUUCAGUCCCCGUUACCCUGUUCAGGGCGGGUGCCAGCAUACCCCAACAUGGGGCAGCUGCCAUAUCCAAUGGCUUCUGGUGGGAUCCACAGCCACUGACCCCCUCCCACACACCCCCUUCCCUGCCGCCUGCUUGUACCCAGAAAUCUUUGAGGAGGGUUUUCAAGUGGGAAGAGAACACAGAGGCGGAUGAUGGAAAUGCAGGUGGAAGGAAGACCCCAGGUGGCAUCGGACUGGCUCGGGCCCACUUUGAGAAGCAGCCGCCUUCCAACCUCCGGAAGUCCAACUUCUUCCACUUUGUGUUGGCCAUGUAUGACCGACACGGGCAGCCGGUGGAAAUUGAGAGGACGUCCUUCAUUGACUUCGUAGAAAAGGACAGAGAGCAGAAUGGCGAAAAGACCAACAACGGAAUCCAUUACAGGCUUCAGCUGCUGUACAGUAACGGGCUUCGGACGGAGCAAGACCUCUACGUCCGGGUUGAUGCGAAUUCCAGUAAUGUCCAAGCAGGCUAUCAUCUACGAGGGUGGCAAGCGGAAAUUGUCGCAGACACAGAGCAAGGGGAAGUAAGAGUGGGAAGCCGGCUCCUCUUUCUGUUUAAAACAGAGCGCUGGUCUGCCCAGUUUUAUAGGUCAGCACGGCCCCAAGAACGCCAGCUGGCCAGAGACGGGCCUGAGGUGCCACCUGCACCAGCCACGAACCACCUGGCGUGGCGAGAUGAAUCCGCCAAGGCCCAGAAUGCAGCAGGUCAAUCAGCGGAGCCGGAGCUGAGGCGAGCCAGUGGCUGGGAAUCGGAGCUCGGCUGCUCCACGUUCCCUGUCAUUGUUACACAAGAAAAAGUUAGCGGCAAUCGCAACGAGAUCUCUGACCCCGCCAUCAUCGACAGAUUUUUCCUCAAGUUCUUCCUCAAAUGCAACCAGAACUGCUUAAAGAAUGCCGGGAACCCCCGAGACAUGCGGCGAUUCCAGGUUGUGGUGUCAACGACAGUCAAUGUGGACGGCCACGUCCUCGCUGUGUCUGACAACAUGUUUGUCCACAACAACUCCAAGCACGGGCGUCGAGCACGGAGGUUGGAUCCCACAGAAGCCGCCACCCCCUGUAUCAAAGCCAUCAGCCCCAGUGAAGGAUGGACCACGGGAGGCGCCACUGUCAUCGUGAUCGGGGACAACUUCUUUGACGGGCUGCAGGUGGUCUUCGGGACCAUGCUGGUGUGGAGCGAGCUCAUCACGCCGCACGCAAUCCGGGUGCAGACCCCCCCGCGGCACAUCCCUGGUGUGGUCGAGGUGACGCUCUCCUACAAGUCCAAGCAGUUUUGCAAAGGCGCACCGGGACGCUUCGUUUACACUGCUCUGAAUGAGCCAACUAUUGACUACGGGUUCCAGCGCUUGCAGAAGGUGAUCCCACGGCACCCAGGGGACCCUGAACGCUUACCCAAGGAAGUGCUACUCAAGAGGGCGGCUGACCUGGUGGAAGCGUUGUACGGAAUGCCACACAACAACCAGGACAUCAUCCUCAAACGGGCCGCGGACAUUGCAGAGGCCCUGUACAGCGUCCCACGCAACUCCAAUCAGCUGAGCUCCCUGGCCGGGAACCACGGCCACUCGGGCAUGAUGGGCGUCAACUCCUUUGGGAGCCAGCUGGCCAUCAACAUCAGCGAUGCCCAGGGCUCCGAGCAAGGGUACACGCGCAACACAAGCAGCGUCUCGCCACGAGGUUACGUGCCCAGCUCCACCCCGCAGCAGAGCAACUACAAUACCAUCACGUCCAGCAUGAACGGUUACGCAGGCGCUGCCAUGACCGGCCUCGGCGUGCCCGGUUCACCCAGCUUUCUGAAUGGCUCCACUGCCAACUCCCCCUAUGCCAUCAUGCCCUCCAGCCCGCCACUGGGUGCCUCCUCCAUCGCAAGCUCCUCCACGCCAGGAGGGGUCUUCUCCUUCUCCCCCGUCAACAUGAUCUCCGCCGUCAAGCAGAAAAGCGCCUUCGCUCCCGUGGUCCGGCCGCAAACCUCCCCGCCCCCGACCUGCACCAGCGCCAACGGGAACAGUCUCCAAGCCUUGUCUGGCCUCAUCGUGCCGCCCAUGUGAGCCGGGGAUGCCUACUGAGCCUUCAGGAAGGACGGACCAACGGACUGGUGCUUCCCCUCCCCUCGGACUGAAAGGGUGCGGGCGCUGCUCCUGAAAUUUGGAGUCUUCCCCAACUCCUUCUGACUCGGCUGCAUUAUCUACGCGUCGCUCCCCCUUCUGGUGGGAGGUUGAAAUGCAGCAGUACAAGCCAAGGGUUGUACUGAGGUUAUCCUCAGCCGUGGCCGGAGGUUUUCAACCAAUGAAUGGCGGGGAGGGGGCUUUGUCCUCAAGGAGGAUGACGAAGUUGGGGCUGGAUGGGGGUGUUUGGGAGGGGGGGUAACUCUGCACUGCCAUUCUUCCCUCUGGGAGUUUCGUUUGCAUCCUUCUCCGCCAUCUCUCGCUGCUUUGGUUAACGGAUCAUGAGCAAAAAGAUCCCAUCACCCCAGCUGGCUUCCCACUCAGGUAGAUUUGGUCCCUGCCUCAAAUGGAACAUUCCCUUUGAAAAGUGACUGGCUUGUAGCUCUCUAGACCCCCCUAUCCCACUUGAGAGACGUCUCUUUGGGAAAUCAACCCUGUGCGCCGGGACUCCUGGGCUCUUUCUUCCUGGGGCCUUGGGUACACAUCCCAGGAAACGAGAGAGUGAUCAGGUGGAAGUACAGGAGAUCCCCUCUCUAUUCCUAGAAAUCCCCCGCCCCUCCACCCCAGCAAGAUGACUUCCAUUGGCAUCAACUCCCACUUGCCCCAUGGUUCUAGCCAAGUUAGAGGUUGCUUUUGAAUGGAGGAAUAAGGAUUUCAGGAAAACAGAAUCACUGUGCCGGAAAUUAUCUCCUAUUUCUCUCCGCGCCCCAUCUCUCCUUCUCUGCCCUCCAACCUCCUAUCAAUAAACACAGAUGGAAUCCACCAGUACAAUUGGGCGUGGCCGGAAGCAGGAGUCCCCAACAUGGUGCCCACCUACACCUUUUCUGGCACGUGCCAAGCGCUUGUGGGGCUAGGCGGGCCUUUUGCCCAGCAAGGCUUCUGAUUGGCCACUGGAGGUUUGAUGGACUGGGAGGAUUUUUUUAAAAAAAUGUUGCUUUCUCAUCAGCUGCUGCCGCAGCACAAAGAUCUCCACUGUAUCAAGGAACAUAAGAACAUAAGAACAUAAGAAACAAGCCAGCUGGAUCAGACCAGAGUCCAUCUAGUCCAGCUCUCUGCUACUCGCAGUGGCCCACCAGGUGCCUUUGGGAGCUCACAUGCAGGAGGUGAAAGCAA